AUGGCCAUCAUCACAAAAACACCCCAACCUUUCCAAAAAGCUCUCUACUUCUCCGCAGAAGAGUUUCAAGCCCGACGCAACCGCGCCCUGGAACUCAUGAAACGAGAGAACCUCGAUGGCUUCCUCAUGACCAAGCAAGAAUCGCUGUACUAUUUCACCGGCUUUGAUACUUUCGGUUACGUCUUCUUCCAGGCCAUGUACUUCCACAACGACGGCUCCAUGCGGCUGAUUACUCGAAUCCCGGACCUGCGACAGGCGCUGUACACGUCCGUCCUCGAGCAAAAAGACGUGCUUAUCCGAUCCGACGAUGCAGGAAGUAAUCCCGUGUCCCUGGUUCCGAAGGUCCUGCAAGACUUUGCUAUCAAUUCCCCGUCGAAGAGGAUCGGAUACGAGCCGGAUUCUUGUUCCCUGACUCAUCGACUUGGGAAAUUGCUGGAAGAGGCUGUGGACGGGCUUUGUACCUUAGUCGAUCAUAGCGAUUUAUUUACCCGCGAGCUGCGAAUCGUGAAAUCCGAGGCCGAGAUGCGAAAGGUUCGCAAAGCAGCCUACCUGGCUGAUUUUGCACUCGUCCGGACUCUCAAGUUAGCGAAACCGGGGGCUUACGAGGGAGAUCUAUGGCGAGAGAUCGUCGGGACCGUCUAUGAAGGAGGCGGCGAUGACCCAGCAAAUGAAAACAUUCUUGUGUCCGGAAACAAGGCCGUUCUUACUCGGUAUUCUACCGGGAAAGAUAAGAUCGAGCGACAGCUUACCCUGGAACACGCGGCUGUGUAUAAGCAUUAUCAUGCGUGUUUAAUGCGCACUAUUCCUAUAGGCGGGAUCACGAAGCUAGCUCGACAAAUGCACAAAGUCAACAUUUUGCAAAUGAAGGCGUGCAUGGAAGCUCUAAAACCCGGGCGGGAAAUCGGUGACGUGUUUGAAGCGUAUGCUCGAGUUGCAGAUGAGAAUGGAUUCCGGGAUCAACGGUUCAAUUCCUGCGGGUAUAGUUUGGGGGCUACUUUCUCUCCGACUUGGAUGGAUUUCCCGAUGUUUGUACGAGGACAGAAGGUGGUUGCUCAGCAGGGAAUGGUAUUCUUUAUUCAUAUAAUUUUGAUGGAUAAGGCGACCGAUACUGCUAGUUCUAUAGGACAGACGGUUGAGGUUACUGAGGAUGGGUGUGUUUCGUUGUCGAAGUUACCGUUCUGUCUAACCCGGAAGCAAACAAUUGCUGCGUGGAAGAAGAUCCGGAAGGAGGAGUAUGGGUUUAGUGCUGAUGAGGAAGAUGACGGUGAGAAUCUUCAAGAUGUGGAGCUAUCUGAUGGAGAAAUUGACGAGGAGGAUUAUGAUGUGGAGUAUGACUUUGGAAAUUACCAGCCAGCUGCUGCUCUUGGGGACCCAACUCAAAGUGCUUAG